AAGAGGUUGGAGACCAUCAGAUGCAAAGCAGCCAUUAUCAUAUUCACAUCUUCUCUACAGCAACUAUAUAACUUCCGCAGCCCAUCAACAAAACAGAUACCAUUAUCUUUCACAAUCCCUUGAAAUGAUUCUACUUAGUAAGCUCUGGUUCUUGCUGCUCAUAUAACUUCUCUGCCAGAGCUCACUCAGUGUCAGGCUUUUACCCUCCUUGAUCUUAUUCAAUAAGACUACUGAAACACACAAGAAAACUCAUCAAGGAAAGAGGGAAAACUUCUGGUCCAUCCUUGUUCAUCGUCUCUGUGAUUGAUCAAAAUCUCUUUAACUUUCAAUUGAUCCAAAGAACAUGGGUUUAUUAAGUCUUCCAGCUCCAUCUGAAGGAGUACUGUGUGUGCUUUUGGUAAACACAGCUUUAUCAAUCUCCAUUUUCAAAGGCAUAGUCCGGUCGAUCCUUCACAUUGUUGGUAUCCGUUUAUCAUCCUUCUCCUCAUCAUCAUCUUCAACCCCAUCAUCAGAUUAUUCUGAAGACUCCUCAGAAUCAUUUGAAUUUCGUUUAACUCCAUCAGAUGCAUACAUUAAGGAGUUCCGGAACAGGAGUCCCGCAACGCGAUUUGAUGCAGUGUCUAGCUGUAAACAACCUGAGAAUGUCUGCUCAGUUUGCUUGACUGAAUUUGAGCCGGAAUCAGAGAUAAACUGCUUAUCUUGUGGCCAUCUUUUUCAUAAGGUAUGCUUGGAGAAGUGGUUGGAUUAUUGGAAUGUUACGUGUCCACUUUGCAGGUCUCCUGUGAUGCCUGAAGAAGAGGAUACAUCUUCUUUCUUUUGAUGAACAUAUAUCAGAAGCUUGCUUGUCUUGAGAAAUGUUCAUGUACAGCUGUGUAGUGUACAGACAGUAGAGUGUAUAAGCCAGGACAUGGUGUUGUUGUAUGCUUGUGUUUUGCAAGAGAUUAAACUCAUGUGUCCUUGAGAGACCAAAAGAAUUUCAUUGUACAUAUUGCAAAGUUUAUGAUGUUCUAUGCAUCAAUGCAACUUUGGUCUCAAACCCUUUUCCUUGUUAAGUCUCAUUUGGAAAAUUUUGAUUUUUCUCUUUGUUUUA